UUUGAAUAUUAAAUUUUGUCAAUUAAUCACUUUCUCAGUUCCGAUCAACUGAAAAUCGAAUCUUAUCAAAUAGAGAGAGAAUGUAAGUGAAUCAAGCAAUGAUACCAAGAUAAUUGAACGAUAUCCACUAGAGUUUGAGAGUUAUCCCAAAGAUUCAAACUGAAAAGAGACCGCUAGAGUAAUUUGAAGCUGUUAUUGCAGAUCAGAGAUUCAUGUCCGGAGAAAACCCAGUAUUAAGGUGAAAGGUUCAACAGUGUAACACAGAAAUAAACUGUUCAUCGAAAUCAUCCAUGAAGUGAAGUGCAAGAUACGAAAAUAUGUUUUUGUUAAUAUUUGCGAUGUUAGCAUCAGUAAUAGCAUUCCUCUAUUAUCUGCUUCACAUGAAAAUGGACCACUGGAGGAAGCGUGGAGUACCUGGGCCCAGUUGUUAUCCCAUUGUUGGAAACUUUGGGGAAAUGAUCAUGGGAAGACGAGGAAUCAACCAAAUAUACAGUGAAAUUUAUAGGAGAUACGAAGGAUAUCCAUUUGUUGGCGUAUUCAAAUUCAUGAUCCCUGUUCUAGUUGUGAGAGAUCCGGAUCUUAUAAAGUGCAUAAUGUUAAAAGAUUUUGGGAGUUUCCAAAAGAAUGAUAUGUUUGCCGACAAGAAUGUCGACCCGAUAUUUUCCAGGAAUCCCUUCGUUCUAGAAGGUUCAGAAUGGAAAGCUAGAAGGGCAGAGAUGAUAAGCUGUUUGAGUCCUGCAAAGAUCAAAGAUAUGUUCGUAACGCUGGAGAAAAAUAGCAGAAACAUGGUCCACUACAUAGACAAGCAACUGACAAACUCCAACUCCUUCGAUGUAACUGACAUUCUGAGGAGACUAUUGAUAGAAAAUAUAGCAGCUUGCGGUCUCGGCGUUGAGGGAAAAUGUUUCGAACAAGAGAUCUCUGAAGUAAAGAAAAUGGCAGAUUAUCUUAUUACUGCUGAAGGUCUGGAUAGUUUCCUGAUCGCAUUCUGGGUCCAUUUUCCACGAUUUUCGAAGUUGUGCAACUUCAGGAUUUUCACCCAAGAAAUCGAAGAUAAGUUUAUAUCGAUAAUGAGAUCGACUCUGAAAUUCCGUAAAGAUAAUAACAUGGUGGUGAAUGAUUUUCUGCAGGCUGCAGCACAACCUUACAGUGAACAAACGUUAUCAACAGAUUAUGACAUUGCUGCACAUAUAGCCAGUUUAUUCACAGAUGGUUACUUAUCCACUGCAAAUUCGAUGGCUUUCAUAUUAUUCGAAUUGGCAGUGAAUAAAGACAUCCAAGAUAAACUGAGAGCCGAAAUCAUUGAAUGCUAUGAGAGAAAUGGUGGUAAAUUUGAUUAUGAAGAUACAAUGAGAUUAGAAUACCUGGAAGCAUGUAUCCAUGAGGGCAUAAGAAAACAUCCCAUAGUGCCAGUGAUACCCAAAAUAUGCACAGAAAAAUUCACUUACUCCCCUACCAAUCCAGAAUACAAGAACUUAUCAGUUACAAUUGAACCUGGAACAUCGAUUUGCAUACCAGCAUACGCGAUUCACCAUGAUCCUAAAUUUUUUGAAGAUCCAGAGAAGUUCAUGCCAGAAAGAUUCAUGAUCAAGAAUGGGAUCAACAAAUAUACUUAUCUAGGGUUUGGAGUUGGUCACAGGAUGUGUAUAGGUUCUCGUUUUGCUAUGACCCAAAUGAAAAUUGGCCUGGCACAUUUCAUCAAAAACUUCGAGGUAAAGACUAGUCCAAAAACAAGAUAUCCGCUCAAAUAUGACCCCUGGUACUUCGUUUUAUCUGUACGUGAUGGUAUAUGGGUCGAGAUACAAAAUCUUCAAGACAAAUGAUUCAAUGACUUCGAAUAUUAUAAAAUUUCAUAUCUGAAAUAAAAUGAAUAUAUCUUUGUUGUGGUAUUAUUGUCGAAUCAUUCUCAUGUGUAUCAUCCCGAAAAGAACAGCUUGACCAUUCUAGCUUGGCCUCUGAGAUGCGCAAAUGAUAAAGAGAGAUGAUAAGUGUGCGACAAAGAUCCACUACACCUUUUUAUUGAAGAGUACAAUCGUACUGUACCUACUGUUCUAUAGAGCCAUCAAUAAAUGGCAGGAAGAAUGGAAUCAAACAACAAAAGGUAGAAACACAUUUGGCCUGAUAAAGGAUUUAAGGACCUGGUAGAACAUAAAGCAUGUUGUUCUUGGGAGAGCAACAAUCUCCUUUCUCACUUCAUAUGGAGUGUUUAGGUGCCAUAUAUAAUAUAGAAUUGGUAAAACUAUAACACCAAACUGUAGACUAUUCGAGGAAGCAUGACAAGAAGUCAGACGCAUAGUGGGUUACCCCAGACCAGAACCUGAACAAAUUAUACAAGACUUGGGGGAAACUUUAGUGUC